AUGGCCCAGCACCCAGAAACCCUCUCCAAAGAAAACCCGCAGGUGUCCCCUAGACCAGCCUUUCUCAGGUCAUGCUCCUCCCUGGCUCCUUUCUCUCUCCUCCUUGUAACCUUCAACUCCUUGAUGUCCUUAUUUCUGCCCUACGCUCACUCCCCCCGGAGCAUCGGCUCCUUCCUGAACCUAGCUCACUGGGAGCUCUUUCCACUCUGGGAUCCCAUUCCCUGUCCUGAAACGCACUGGACUGAUUCCCAGGUGCAGAGGUCCUCCAGCUCAAGGCAGCAGCAGGAACAACCAAGCGAUAAGGACUCGGGAGGUAUAGGUCCCAUCUCAGGAGACUGA